AUGCCGCGAUAUUGCUGUGUAUUUGUAUGUUUUCAUAAUCCUUGGGACAGAGACGUUUCGUACCAUGAUUUUCCAUCGAACAAGGAACAAGCAGCAGCGUGGAAAGUUGGAAAUUGUAGGUUCGGCUUUGAGCCUUCGAAAUAUUCGUACGUGUGCAGUAAGCACUUCAAAAAGGAGGACUUUACUGAGCCUUCAAAGGAUACACCUACUGUGUACAAAAAGCCAAGACUGAAAAGGGGAGCAAUACCGAGCUUGUUUUUACGUGGGGAGAGUAGUGAAGAAGUCAAGUCGCGCUUGACAGCGACAUCUUUAAGAGCACUAGAGCCACUGAAGAAAAGCCCUAAGAAGAAAUUAGCUGCUAGUGGUGAAUUCUUGCUGGACGAAACCGACGCUGAGAUGUCCCUACCUCAAGCAGAUCACCACCACGAAGAGCAGGGAAUGGAGUCUCUCACGAAACAUCUUGAUAAAGCUUUCUCAGAAACAAGAGAGCUUGAAAGGAAAGUCUUCACAUUUGAAAGGCUUUCAGAAGACGACAUAAAAGGAUAUACAAACUUGUCAAAACGAGCCUUACUUAAAUUAGACAAGCUAAUCAAUGCAUUUAGACCAUUGAAUUACUGGACUGGUUGCGAAGUAGUCAAAAUUAGUGAUUAA